CAGCUGGCCAUCGGGACAUUGCGUCCAUCGGGACAGCUCGCCUUCGGGUCAGCUGGCCAUCGGGACAUUGCGUCCAUCGGGACAGCUCGCCUUCGGGUCAGCUGGCCAUCGGGACAUUGCGUCCAUCGGGACAGCUCGCCUUCGGGUCAGUUGGCCAUCGGGACAUUGCGUCCAUCGGGACAGCUCGCCUUCGGGUCAGCUGGCCAUCGGGACAUUGCGUCCAUCGGGACAGCUCGCCUUCGGGUCAGCUGGCCAUCGGGACAUUGCGUCCAUCGGGACGGCUCGCCUUCGGGUCAGCUGGCCAUCGGGACAUUGCGUCCAUCGGGACAGCUCGCCUUCGGGUCAGCUGGCCAUCGGGACAUUGCGUCCAUUGGGACAGCUCGCCUUCGGGUCAGCUGGCCAUCGGGACAUUGCGUCCAUCGGGACAUUGCGUCCAUCGGGACAUUGCGUCCAUCGGGACAGCUCGCCUUCGGGUCAGCUGGCCAUCGGGACAUUGCGUCCAUCGGGACAGCUCGCCUUCGGGUCAGUUGGCCAUCGGGACAUUGCGUCCAUCGGGACAGCUCGCCUUCGGGUCAGUUGGCCAUCGGGACAUUGCGUCCAUCGGGACAGCUCGCCUUCGGGUCAGUUGGCCAUCGGGACAUUGCGUCCAUCGGGACAGCUCGCCUUCGGGUCAGUUGGCCAUCGGGACAUUGCGUCCAUCGGGACAGCUCGCCUUCGGGUCAGUUGGCCAUCGGGACAUUGCGUCCAUCGGGACAUUGGCCAUCGGGACAUUGCGUCCAUCGGGACAGCUCGCCUUCGGGUCAGUUGGCCAUCGGGCCAGCUCGCCUUCGGGCCAGCUGGCCAUCGGGCCAGCUCGCCUUUCCUCGUCCCGGCGCCCGGCGAGUGGGCCUGGCAGUACCCCUUACCGUCGGUGGGGCGCGCUCGCCUCCCCCCCUUGGCGACAUGCUGCCGGCCGGGCCGCGGCGCCGUCCGCUGCCGCGGCGGCGGCUCGGCGAGCGGUAUUGGGUGCUCGUCUCGGCGCACGCUCUGGAGGCGGUGCCCGGCCGCAUGCCCGCUGCACUGCCUGUAUGCCCGAGGCGAUUUGCGGCCGGGCUCAAAGCUGCCGCCGCCGCUGGUGCGCCGGGCGCGGCGCUGCUACCGCACCAUGUCGUGGCUGCUCGCGCUGCCCCUGCGCUGCCCGCGCGCGGCUCGGCGGGCGGGCAACACCAUCGCCGCUCGUGCACCAGCCGCGGGCGCCCGUCACCACCCCGCCUCUUUGAGGGGGGGGGCGGCGAGCGCUCGCGUGUGUGUGCGGCUGGGCCACUCUCGAGGGCGCCGGCGGGGCUGCCGCCACCGCCAUCGACGGCGGCUCGACGAGCGGUGUUGGUGCUCGCUUCGGCGCGCGCUCUGAAGGCGUGUUCGACCGCGUGCCCGCUGCACUACCUGUAUGCCCGAGGCGGAUCGCAGUCCUGGCAGUCGCCGUCGCAGUUCUCGCAGUUCUGUCAGUCGCCGUCGCAGCCAAGCCAUGCGGUCUGCUUGCGAUUACCUUGGAGCAAAUGGAUGGGUGGGGGGUGACCGCUGGUGAGCGCCAGCGGUGAGCGCCAGCGCGCCCCAGGAACGGUGGGGUGCCCUCGACCGCGCGUCCAAGUCACUUGGGCGGACGAGCGAGCGGCACAUGGCCUGACAAAGAGAAAUCGGAGUCUAGCGACGAGACCGAAUCUGACCAGAGGCCGUCGUCUUCAGACGCCGUCCUCAGACGAAGGUGCCUUUCAGAGGUGUCCUUCAGGAGCGUAGCUGACGUCAGUCUGUGCGCGCUCUCUCGCCUCGUCGAACCCACCACCAUCCCCUUUCUCCUCCUAUCUGUCUUGUGUGUGCCUUGCUGGGGGGAGCAGACGGCUUCAUCGCGAAGCUGCCCCCAGCAGGCGUCUUGACGGGUAUCAAAAUUCUUCCCUACGAAA